UCCGCGGUGGUGAGAGCCAGAAGGCGGUAGGGGUGGGGUUGUCCCCACUGCACAGCAGCUGGUCUGAGGGUCGGAGGCGGUGGUUGACAACUGUGCACGAGUCCCGUCUCUGUCGCCAACCUCUUAGGACCCCUCUGUACCUACAGAGUCGGAUGGCGGCGGCCGCGCCCCGGGACCCGACUCAGUUUGUUGGCAUGGAAUGGAGGAUGAAGAGACACCUUUUGAACAGAGUGUUUCCAUAGAAGUUUUAUCACAGGUCAGGAUUCCAAAGACAGGUGCCUCCAUCUAGAAGACUCACCCCUGUGAGAAAUGUGUCCCAAUCCUGAAAGACAUUUUGCACUUGGCCCAUCUACCUGGGCAGAAAGUGUAUGUAGAUGGAGCAUGUGCAGACCUGUACCAGCUUCGGGAGCAUCACAGUGCAGAGAAGAGGGAUGUGGGCAGGGCUUCAUUUAUAAAGAGCUGCAUAUUCCAUGUGUCAGGAAAUCCCUUCACCUGGAGAAAAGUUGGAAAGGAGUUCCCAGACACAUUGGGCUUUCUCCAGCACCAGGUGAUUCUCAACAGUAAGAAGCCAAACAAAAUCACCAAGUGUGGGGAGGCCUUUCCUUGUGGAGAAAGUCAUUACAAAUCAUGUGAAUGUGGGAAAGCCUCCAGCCACAAACACAGCCUUGUUCACCACCCAAGAGUCUCUACUAGAAAAAGGGUUUAUGAGUCUAGCAAAUAUGGGAAGGCUUUUCACUGCAAGUACUCACUUUGUUCAGCUCCAGAGAUCCCGCACUGGAGAAAGGCCUUACGAGUGCAGCGAAUGUGGAAAAUCUUUUAGGCUAAGGGCCACCCUCAUUAUACACCAGAGAGUUCACACUGGAGAAAAGCUGUAUAAGUGUGGUGAAUGUGGGAAAUCCUUUAGUCAGUGUUCCAACCUUAUUGAACACUGCAGAAUCCACAGUGGAGAAAGGCCUUUUGAGUGUGAGGAAUGCAGGAAAGCCUUUGCGUGCAAAUCCAAUCUUGUGAGGCACCAGAGAACACACACUGGAGAAAAGCCUUAUGAGUGCAGUGAAUGUGGGAAAUCCUUCAGACAAAGCUUCACCCUUGUUCGACACCAGAGAAUUCACACCACAGCAAGUCCUUAUGUGUGUGACCAGUGUGGGAAAUCCUUUAGCCAAAGAGCUGCUCUCAUUAGACACCAGAGAAUUCACACCAGUAAAAGGCUUUACGAGUGUGGAGAAUGUGGGAAAGCCUUUGGAUCCAAAUCCAAACUUUAUCGGCACAACUGAAGUCACACUGGCGAAAGGCCUCAUGAAUGUGCUGAAUGUGGGAAAUCUUUUACACAAAGCUACAGCCUUGUUGAACACCAGCGAAUUCAUAGCAGAGCAAGGCCUUUUGAGUGUGGCCAGUGUGGGAAACGCUUUAGCAGAAGAGCUAUUUUCACUAAACACCGAAGAAUUCACACUGGAGAAAGGCCUUAUAUGUGUCAUGAAUGUGGGAAAUCCUUUAGUCGAAGCACCAGCCUUACUCAACACUGCAACAUUCACACAGGAGCAAGGCCUUAUGAGUGUGGCCGAUGUGGAAAAUCCUUCAGGCAAAAAUCUGUUCUCAUUCAACACCAGGUAGUUCACACUAAAGAAAGGCCUUACGAAUGCAGCAAAUGUGGCAAAUCCUUUAGCCAACGCUCUAGCCUCAAUCUCCACCAGAAAUUUCACAGCAUGGAGAGGGCCCGUGAAUGUAGGAAAUACGGGAAAUCCUUCAUUCCAACCUCCAAUGUUGUUUAACACCAGAAAGUCCACAUUUGAAAAUGGGCUUAGAUUUGAAGGAAACAUGCCAUCUCCCUGUUCACUCUAAUGGCCCUAAAUAGUUGUGUGAGGGAGCCACAUGCCUGAAGUUGAACCUCAUACCUCCAAGCAUCCAGGGGGGCAAAAUAUCCCCUCAGUUUAUAGGCAUGUGUGAGGCUUACAGGGGCUGCACUGCACGGUCCAGACCACCCAGGGCCCUUACCCGAAUGCCACCACUGCCAGUUUUUCCAGUAGAAGCCAUCCCACUUUACUACCUUGUACACUGCUUCAUCGGUCACUCCAGUGUGCCUAAGGCAAGGCAAAUGUCUAUGGCCUCUCCCAUUCCCUGGAGGAAAUCUUGAGUAGUCUUUGCCCUUACAGUGAUUUCCCUUUUCUGGUUAAGUAUGAAUAUGACUCAGUUUGGGCCAAGAGUGGGCUCUGUUGGAAGCUUGCAGGGAAGGCUUACCUACUUCAUGGAAAUUGUUGGUUUCACAUGACACUUGUAAUUGAUUUUUCUAGUCUUUAGGUCAUCAACCAGUAACUAUCUACCUCAUUGCUCUGGUUUGUGCAGUAAUAAAGGCCUUAUUGUUUAAUGUACCUUUAAUCUGUUCACUGUUUGACGUGGGUGGAAAACAGAAUUGUACUCUGUGGAUGUGCUUUUGUGGGGGCCCCAGCUUUGUGCACCUCAGCAGGGACGACGUAAAGACCGAGAGUAGCUCUCAUUCCAGUUUUAGCCUAAUGUGCAUUGCUGCACAAGACCUAGGAACCAGUGCAGCGCUUCAUAGUCCUAAUUUGUGGACUCCAUACUUGCUGAGACCAUAGGACACUCUAAGGAGGGGUCCCUUGUUUUGCCAAGCUCCGGUGCCUUUAGGAAUGGUGUGAAUCUAUUCUCUUGCUCCUGGAGGGUGCUGUUGAGGGGAAGCUUUUCACCAGGUUCUACAAAGGAGUCAGUGUCCUGAUGUUUAUAAUUCUGAAGACUGGCAUCACUGUCAGAUAACAGGAGCCAGGCUUCAACCAUAACUGGUACUAAUAUUCUUGAUGUGAUUAACAGGCAGGGGAGGGGCCUGCAGCAAACCAGAUGGUGUAUGCCUCUUCUAAAAGUGCAACCUUGCAUGUUCCAGUGACUAUGCUUGUGAGGAAUUCCAGGACCACCACAGCUGUGUGUCUUCUGUAGCUGAAGUCAUUGUUAGAGCAAAUAAUCUAGAGUUUGUGAAUUCUUAUUGUCUUCCUGAGCUGUUGCCCUCAAGGGCCGUCCAUUGUUCUAAAGGCAGAGAAAUGAAAGAAUGGAGAUUGUCCAUUGGAGUAUUAGGUUGUUAAACCUGCUGGUUUCCAAAAAGUGGGCAAUUCAGAUUUUUUAUUUUGAAGAAUUUAUU